AUGGCAAGCCAGAAAUCGAAGGAUUUCCUCCCCUCUGCUGCCGCGCCAGAGCAGCCCAAUAAACCUCAAUUUUACAACUCGUUUCGCAACUUUCUGGUGCUCAUCACAUGCAUCGCCUUGUCGCUGGCUGUCAAGUUCACAGUUCAAUACAUCAACGUCUCGUCCGAUGCGUUGGACGUGAAUAUAUGCCUUCAGGCCGAAGUACUGUCCCCGACAAAGCAUGCAGAGCUUUGGGCAGACUUGAGUGCCGUAAUUGGGACAUACCAGUUCAAAGAUCGUGCAGUGCAAUGGUUGGGGGGAGCUGUCAGAAUACCUACGGAGUCGUUUGACAACAUGGGGCCUGUUGGAGAGGACCCCCGUUGGGAUGCGUUUAACCCAUUCCAUGAAUACCUAGCGGAUGCCUUUCCAAAAGUUCAUGAAUCGCUGAAGUUGACCAAAGUCAAUACGUACGGGCUGUUGUAUGAAUGGAAGGGCUCAGACGACACUCUCAAACCACUUCUUCUGGCCGCACAUCAAGACGUUGUCCCUGUUGAUCAAACAUCCGUUGAUCAAUGGACGCACCCCCCUUACUCGGGCUAUUUUGAUGGCGAGCGUUUGUGGGGACGAGGUAGCGCUGACGACAAGAGCGGACUGAUUGGCAUUCUCUCAACUGUGGAAGCCUUGCUAGAAAAGGACUUUAAGCCCACUCGACCGGUCGUUCUUUCCUUUGGUUUUGAUGAAGAAGCGAGUGGUUCUCAGGGCGCUAGAAAUCUUGCCUCUGUUCUUUUUGAAGCUUAUGGCGAAGAUGGCAUUGCCAUGAUUGUUGACGAAGGAUCUGGGUUCGGGGAUCAAUAUGGCUCCGUUUUUGCGACCCCGGGAAUUGCAGAAAAGGGAUACAUCGACGUUCUCGUCGAAGUCUCAGCUCCAGGCGGUCAUUCCAGCAUCCCUCCUGCUCACACUAGCAUUGGAAUUCUCUCCGCUUUGCUUGUUCACUACGAGUCAAACCCAUAUGAAGUGCAUCUGGGGAGACACGAGCCUGUCUAUGACACGCUACAAUGUAUCGCACAGUAUGCGAAAUCGCUGCCUGAGCAAACUCGCAAAUUAAUAAAAGCAUCCGCCUACUCAAAUAAGGCGCUCGAGGCAAUCCAACCAAUUGUGGCAAACGAUCGAACAUUGAAGAGCCUUGUUGGAACUACUCAGGCCAUCGAUUUGAUCCACGGUGGUGUCAAGUCCAACGCGCUUCCUGAACAAGCUUGGGCUGUUGUCAACCAUCGCAUCUCAGUCGUGAGUUCUCUUGCCGAGGUUCAAGAACACGACACCGCUCUCUUAAAACCGCUGGCUGACAAGUUCAAUCUGACUUACAACGCCUUCGGUUCUCGUAUUUCGGAAGAGGGCGCGUCUGCCAGCGGCUCUCUUACAUUAAGCGGUGCUUUUGCAGGUGGACUUGAACCGGCCCCAGUGACUCCAACUGGAAAAGACGCUGCCCCGUAUCGAUUACUUUCUGGAACCAUCAAGGCUGCGUACAACUCCCACCGAUCUUUGACUGGGAGUGAUACUAUCACAGUUGUCCCCAGCAUGAUGUCUGGGAACACAGAUACACGGUUCUACUGGAAGUUGUCUGCGCAUAUCUUUCGCUAUGGUCAUCUAAACGGAGAUAAAAACAGCAAAGAUCACCCGCUGGGCAAUAUCCACACAGUAAACGAAUCAAUCAACAUCGAUGCCUUCUUGGAAAUGAUUCGCUUUUUCGCCACUCUCAUUCUCAAUUCUGACGAGUCAAUUACUAUGUAAAGAAUUCCACAUUGGGUACUGGCAGGUAGAUUAUAUAUGGAACGGUUCGGCACACACUAUGUAUCUAGCAAGUUUCCGGUGCAACAUAUCCUGAAGUAGAGCUAGCUGUAGAGAAGUCGGGUAGCCCAACUUUUUGACGAGUGCAAACAGGAAAGUCCAAAACUGAGCCCUC